AUGCCUCGAUCCGAGGAAGCCGAAUGGUGGGCCAAUGCAGUCUACGAGGCCAUCCAAGAAAUCCCACCAGGCAAAGUGACAUCCUACGGCCACAUAGCUCGACUACUUGGUGAACCUCAACGCCCUCGUCAAGUUGGGGUUUGUCUCAAAGUCCUUCCGGCGGCGGAGUCCGGUGCACACUUCAACAAUGACAACGUGCCAUGGCAGCGAGUGAUCAACUCAAAAGGAAUGAUAUCACACCGUGGACCCGGCAGUGCACAGCGCCAAGCCGAAGCCCUCCAGUCAGAAGGUGUUGAAGUCACCACGGAUAGCAUGGGUGAGAUGUAUGUCAGCUUGGCUCAGUAUGGGUGGUUCCCAAAACACCUUCCGAGCGAGGAGGGUGGGGACGACGAAGAAUAA